AUGGGAAAGGGAACGGAUAAGCUCUAUAUUACGCACUCUGAGUGGUCGUCCUCCGAUGCGUAUUCCGCCAGCGUCGGCGUCGGCGCUUCCUCUCGCGCCCAGCACGCCGCCUCGUUCCGCCGCUUGCCCUUCAACUUCUGCGCCGCCAGCCUCCAGCCCUUCAAGAACCCCGUGUGCACCCCGGACGGCACCAUCUUCGACGUCGAGGUCAUUGGCGCCUGGCUCGAAAAGCACCCCAACCAGAACCCCGUCGACGGCGAGCCGCUGCAGAAGAAGGAUUUAAUCCGCCUCAACUUUGCGCGGAACUCCGAGUCCGACUCCCUCGGCGCCGGACUGAGCGAUGGAAAGGGCGACCUGAUCGACCCCGUCACGUACAAGGUCUUCACCGACAACACCCACAUCGUCGCCAUCCGCCAUGGCACCUACGCCAACGUCUUCGCCUGGGACACGGUCGAGCGCAUGAACAUCAAGCCCAAGAUGUGGCGCGACCUGGUCGACGACGAAGAGUUUACGCGCGCAGAUAUCAUCACCCUUCAAGACCCCCAGAACGCAGCCAGCCGAAACCUCGAGCAGUUCAAGUACCUCAAGGACGGCCACGAGGCCCAGCUGACCAAGGAGCAGGAGGAGGAGCGCCAAGCGGGGAACAUCAACACGAGUGUCCUGGGGAACAUUGGUGACAAGGUCUUGCGCGCAAAGGCUGCCGUUGAGAAGGCCCGCAAGGCGCGAGAGCUGGGCGGCGAUGUCAACCGCAGCUCGACCGCCCUCGCAAAGCCAGCCACCGCGACUGUGGUCCGGCAGUCCAUGAUCCAAGACAAGAAACUGGCGGCCAACUCGGCCGCAUACACUACGGGCAAGGCCGCGGCUAGUUUCACCAGCACCGGCCUGACGCCGGAGACGAGCGGCGAGAGGGCCCUCCUGACAGAUGAGGAGUUCAUGCUCAAACCCAAGCGGGUCAAGGCCAAGGGCUAUGCCAGGAUGGAGACCAACCUAGGCGACCUAACUAUAGAGCUACAGACCGAGACCGCGCCCAGGGCAGUCUGGAACUUCAUCAAGCUUGCACAGAAGGGGUACUACAAGGGCGUAGCCUUCCACCGAAACAUCCCCAACUUCAUGAUUCAAGGCGGUGAUCCCUCCGGAACUGGUCGAGGUGGCGCAAGUAUAUGGGGCAAGUACUUUGACGAUGAGUUUGAUGGCCCCCUAACGCAUAACGCCCGUGGCACUAUGUCUAUGGCCAACAAGGGCAAGAACACCAACUCGAGCCAGUUCUUCUUCACAUACAAGCCCACUCCCCACCUGGACCGUAAACACACCAUUUUCGGUCGCGUCGCCUCAGGGCUCGAGGUCCUGUCCAAGAUGGAGGAUGUACCCACGGACGGCUCUAAUCGGCCACUUAAUAAGAUCGUCAUCAAAGACGUCGUCGUCUUCGUCGACCCCUUUGAAGAGUUUCAGACCCAACGGAAGGAGCAGGAGAAACACUCUCUAGAGAAGGAGGAGGUCAAGCGACGCGGUGGUACCGAGGAUGACAAGACAACUUGGACCGGCAAGCGGAUACGCAAGGACGGGACUAUUGAGCCCGCCGACUCUAAAGAGAGUGUCGGCAAGUACCUCAAAGCACCGCGGACCACCUCGACAACGAAUGAGGCGGAUCUAGACGACGUUGACACAUGGGAGGAACCAGCACGCAAGAAGUUCAAAGGGGGUUUUGGAAAUUUUGACAAUUGGUAG